AUGUUUAACGCAAUAUUCGGCUUCAUUUUUGAACAAAUGCACUUGCAUUGGGGCGAAAAAGAUGAUCAUGGUUCAGAGCAUGUAAUCGAUGGCAAAAUUUUUUCGGGUGAAAUUCAUUUGGUCCAUUUUAAUUCGAAGUAUGGUGAUUUCGAUACGGCUGCGAAUCACAGAGAUGGUCUAGUUGUAGUUGCUUUUUUUAUUCAAGCAAAAGGUGACAAGAAAAAUAAAAUGUUUGCCAAAAUCACUGAUCAAAUUCCGAACGCUCGAGAAUUGCACGCGAAAUCGUUUUUGGCGGCAGACUGUUUGAAAUGGAUGUCGACGCAGGAGUUAGACAAGCAUUAUUUUAUGUAUCAUGGAUCAUUAACAACACCGCCGUACAGUGAGGCGGUCACUUGGAUUAUCUAUCGCAAACCGAUUCACGUGUCAAAACAACAGAUAGCCGCUUUUCGUAAGCUCCGUGCAGCUGAUAAUAUACAUCAAAUCACGAAGAAUCGUCGCCAACUGCAAACACCACAUAAACGACUAACGGUCAUUUUCGCAGGAAAACCGUGA